AUGUCAGCUGUCAACAAUCUGACAAUGGAGGACUAUUUCCCUACACUGAAACCAAGACGCAUCCAAAACCAGAAUGUCGUACAUCGACUGGAGCGUCGUCGCAUCUGCUCGGGCCGUCCCGGCGCCCACUGGUACCGUGUCCGGUGUUUCCAUCAGAACCUUUUCCCAAACUUCACCGUGGUCAACGUGGAGAAACCCCCCUGCUUCUUACGCAAGUUCUCUCCAGACGGACGCUGCUUCAUCGCUUUCUCUUCCGAUCAAACCUCGCUGGAGAUUUACGAGUACCAGGGAUGUCAGGCGGCCGAGGACCUGCUUCAGGGACAAGAAGGCGAGACACUGGCCAACGGGAACGACCAGCGCUCCCUGAACAUCCGCGGCAGACUCUUCGAACGCUUCUUCUCCCUGCUCCAUGUCACCAACGUGGCCUCUAACGGUGAACAUCUCAACAGGGAGUGUAGUCUGUUUACAGAUGACUGUCGUUACGUCAUAGUGGGAUCAGCUGCUUAUUUACCCGAGGAACCCCAUCCUCAUUUCUUUGAGGUGUAUCGUAACAACGAGUCAGUGACACCUAACCCUCGCUCUCCAUUGGAGGACUACUCACUUCAUAUCAUAGACCUGCACACUGGCAGACUCUGUGACACACGCACGUUCAAGUGCGACAAGAUUAUUUUAUCUCACAAUCAGGGACUGUACUUGUACAGGAACAUCUUGGCAGUUCUGUCUGUGCAGCAACAGACUAUUCACGUCUUUCAGGUCACGGCAGAGGGCACAUUUCUGGACGUGCGUACCAUCGGCCGCUUCUGCUACGAAGAUGACCUUUUGACGCUGUCGGCCGUGUACUCGGAGGCUCAGGCCGAAGGUCAGCCCGGCUUCUCCCGUCUCUACAAGGAGAAAACCAUCAACUCGCUCAAGCACAGGCUGCUGGUGUACCUGUGGCGGCGGGCGGAGCAGGACGGCAGCGCCACUGCCAAGCGUCGCUUCUUCCAGUUCUUCGACCAGCUGCGUCAGUUACGCAUGUGGAAGAUGCAGCUGCUGGAUGAGCAUCAUCUUCUCAUUAAGUACACCAGUGAAGAGGUUGUCACACUACGCGUCACCGACCCCUCACAGCCCUCCUUUUUUGUGGUGUAUAACAUGGUGACCACGGAGGUGUUGGCGGUCUUUGAGAACACCUCUGACAAACUGUUGGAGCUGUUUGAGAACUUCUGUGACCUGUUCCGAAACGCCACGCUACACAGCGAGGCCGUACAGUUCCCCUGCUCCGCCUCCAGCAACAACUUUGCGCGGCAGGUCCAGCGCAGGUUCAAAGACACUAUAGUAAAUGCUAAAUACGGUGGUCACACAGAGGCAGUGAGGAGGCUGCUGGGACAGCUUCCAAUCAGUGCUCAGUCCUACAGCAGCAGUCCAUACCUAGACCUGUCCCUCUUCAGCUAUGACGAUAAAUGGGUCUCGGUCAUGGAGCGACCCAAAACGUGCGGUGACCAUCCUAUAAGGUUCUAUGCGCGGGACUCGGGGUUACUAAAGUUCAAGAUCCAGGCAGGCCUCCUGGGUCGUCCCAUUAACCACGCUGUCAGGAGGCUGGUGGCCUUCACCUUCCAUCCCUUUGAGCCUUUUGCCAUUUCCGUUCAGCGCACCAAUGCAGAGUACGUGGUCAACUUCCACAUGCGCCAUAGCUGUGUAUGACUGAAAACCACGGCAGGCUAGAUACUGUGUGUAUGUGUGUGUUUGUGUGUGUGCGUGCGUGCGUGUGUUGUCUGCCUGCCAGCUUCUCUCAAAAGCCCUUAUCCUCAUAUUUGUGAAGGGAAGAAAGAGGAAAAAGAAGGAUUGGGACCUUGGUUGUCUGUGUCUCCAGUGGAGGGGGUGCCUGAAUGGGUUCCUCUCUGUAUGGAACCAAACAUGGUCAUUGUGGA